UCCUAUUGCACUGUUUGGGGUUUUGAUCUUGAAAAGCUGAGCAAGAUAAAAGCUUGAAUAAUUUAGGGUUUCUAUUUUUAUCCGUUUCGUUCUUUUUUUUUUUUUCCCUUUUCUUUCUCCUCCUGAUAUUUUGUUUGUUGGAUGGGAAUAAUUUUCCCGGGAAAAACCUGGCCAUGGGAAAGUCGUUCAAGGAUUCACUCAAAGCGCUUGAAGCUGAUAUUCAGCACGCCAAUACUCUGGCAUUAGAUUAUCCAAGGGAGAAAGAUGGAGCCCGUCUCCAGAUGAGACUAUCUUACAGUUCAGUGGCGCACCUUUUUCUUUUCCUCGUUCAGUGGACUGAUUGCCACCUUGCUGGAGUGCUUGGUUUGCUUAGGAUUCAUAUUUAUAUGACCUUUGCAGAUGGCAAAACCACUAUGUCCAUUUAUGAAAGGAAAGCAAGCAUCAGAGAAUUUUAUGCUGUUAUAUUUCCUUCUCUAUUGCAACUUCAGAAAGGCAUCACGGAUUUGGAGGACAGGAAACAGAAAGAUGUAUGUAAUGUCAGAUACAAAAGAAAGGAUGAGUCGGAAAGGGGUAAACUCUCCGAAAUUGACAAAGAAAGAGAAGAAGAGUGUGGAAUUUGCAUGGAGGUGAACAGCAAAUUUGUAUUGCCUAACUGCAGCCAUUCGAUGUGCUUAAAAUGCUAUCGGGAUUGGCGUGGGCGGUCCCAAUCUUGUCCCUUCUGUCGGGACAGCCUGAAGAGGGUUAACUCGGGAGAUCUUUGGGUCUACACAGAAAAGUCUGAGGUUAUUGAUUUAGCGACCAUUUUGAGAGAGGAUCGUAAGAGGCUAUUCAUGUACAUUGAUAAAUUGCCUCUAGUUGUUCCAGAUCCUGUAUAUAUCCCCUAUGAUUCUCAUGUCCGGUAAGCAUUGUGACACUGUCUGUAUAUAUUAGUUGUCGCGUAAAUUUAUUUGAGACAUUGUGAACCGUUGGUGUUUGGCCUUGGUAUUGUAAAUGUUCUCCGAAUUGUGAGACCUGUUGUUUAUAUGGCCAUUCUUCUAAUUGGUCAAUGUGGCGGUUUAAGCUUAUAUAUAUUUAACUCAAAUAUGGAAA